GGCGCUGUGUUCAGGCGAGUGAUGGCGCUGUGCUCUCGACAGUUUACCUGAGCCGCUCGCUCUUUGCGCAGUAGGGCACAUGAUAGAAGCUUUCCCUUUAGGGAGAAUCGUGGCUCCUUUGCUGUUGGUUAUAAGAUGGAACUUUGCGCUUUUCCUUUUCGGGAUUUUCAGCUGAAUGCUCUCGCUAACCAAUUAACAUCGCAGCCGAAAGUCUCUGCAAAUACUUUCUGUUUAUCACUCCUUAGACUAAGCGGCGUUGCUCUUUUUUUGUUCAGCGCCCACUGUCCACGCAUUCAAGAAGUCUCCGGUACCAAACCGAGAAAGAACACAUCACAGCGACACUUGACUCGGGAGAAAAACUAUGUUUGACGCGAAAUUACGCAGGUGAUGGACCGCAUGAUUUAUAAUUAUCUGCUAAAAAAUGACGGCUUUUAACAGCGACGGCAUGACUGUGGUUAGAAGAUGCCUUCUGACGUUCAAACCCUUCAGAAUUUUCGUGGUAGGGCUUGGCUUCUUCAGCCUCUGCUUCCUAAUGACCUCUCUGGGGGGCCAGUUUUCGGCCAAACGACUUGGAGACUCUCCCUUCACCAUUCGCACUGAAGUACUGGGAGGGCCAGAGUCUCGUGGAGUCCUGAGGAAAAUCAGUGACAUGUUGGAGAUUAUUUUAAAGAGAAUUGACACCCUAGCAAAACUCAGCAACACCAGCAAAAGCCGCAGCCUGGAGGAACUCAGCUCUACUCUUGAAAGAUUUCAGCCGAUGGGACUAGUGGAACGGAUUCAGGCCAUUGCUCAGAAUGUGUCUGAAAUGGCUGUGCGUAUGGAGCAGAUCCUGCAGAAGAGUAAAAAUGCUGCCACAGGGAGAGAUGGAAUGGCAGGGCAGUGCGAAAUCCCAAAAGAUCCUGGCUACCCAGACUGUGCAAGUAAAGUUGAUUGGAUGAGGGCCAGGUGGACAUCAGACCCCUGCUACGCCUUCUAUGGAGUUGAUGGCUCCGACUGCUCCUUCCUCAUCUACCUGAGUGAGGUGGAGUGGUUCUGCCCCCUGCUUGCCUGGAGGAAUCAGAGCAUGCAGCCCACCAUCAGCACUCCACCAAAGACACAAGCAAUAGUUCGUGCUGACAUGGGCCCCCUUCUGGAGCAGGUUGGAUCAGGGAAAGAGUCUCUGAGCUUCAUGAGGAGGCGGAUACGCAGGUUGGCUGUGCAGUGGGCCGUAGCUGCUCGCCGGCUGGACGAGCAUCUGCGCAGCCAACAGCGGCAGCAGAAGAGGGUGCUCAUACACAUGGGUUUUCUGACAGAGGAGUCUGGUGAUGUGUUCAGUCCUAAGGUGUUAAAAGGAGGGCCGCUGGGUGAGAUGGUGCAGUGGGCCGACAUCCUCAGUGCACUUCAUGUGCUGGGACACGACCUCAAGAUCUCACUGUCAGUCAAAGAGCUGCAUGGGUUUCUUGGUGUUCCCCCAGGAAGAGGUAGUUGCCCAUUGCGAGGACCUUUGCCCUUUGACCUCAUCUACACCGAUUACCAUGGACUGCAGCAGAUGAAGCAACACAUGGGGCUCUCCCUCAAAAAGCACAGAUGUCAUAUCCGAGUGAUUGACACAUUUGGUACUGAGCCAGCAUAUAACCAUGAGGAAUACGCCACCCUGCAUGGCUACAGGACCAACUGGGGCUACUGGAACCUCAACUGCAGACAGUACAUGACUAUGUUCCCACAUACUCCUGACAACUCCUUCAUGGGCUUUGUUGCUGAAGAACUAAACCACACGGAGAGGCUCAACAUUCAGAGAGAGAAAGUCAACAAUAUGGCAGUGAUCUAUGGCAAAGAGGCCAGCAUGUGGAAGCUCCUACAGGGGAAAGACAAGUUUCUCACCAUCCUGCACCGCUACAUGGACAUUCAUGGAACAGUCUACUAUGAAGCCCAGAGGCCUCCAGAAAUACCUGCCUUUGUCAUAAACCAUGGCUUGUUGCCCCAACAUGAGCUUCAGCAGCUUCUUAGGAAGGCCAAGCUUUUUGUGGGAUUUGGUUUUCCUUAUGAAGGUCCUGCCCCUUUGGAGGCCAUAGCCAAUGGCUGCAUUUUCCUUCAGCCCAAAUUUCAUCCACCUCGUAGCUCUCUCAACAACGAGUUCUUCAGAGGGAAGCCCAUGUCCAGAGAGGUGUCUUCUCAACAUCCUUACACUGAACAGUACAUUGGCAGACCACACGUCAUCACUGUGGACUAUAACAAUACAGAGGAAAUUGAGGCAACUAUUGAGGAAAUCCUGAAAGCUAAGGUAGAGCCCUUUUUGCCUUAUGAAUACACCUCUGAAGGAAUGCUAGAAAGACUGAAUGCUUACAUCCAGCAUCAGGACUUCUGUCGCAUCAGUAGCCCCUUUCCAUCAGCGAAUGAGUCCAAACUGUGGCCGGGGAAUCCACCGAACCCUUUUGUCCUCAUGCCCAACUCCACAGGUGUGGAAUGGGCCUCAAACAUCAGUGCUCCAGUAUCUUGGCCCCCUCUCAGUGCCCUAAGGCUGCUCCUUAGUCCUGAGGCCUCAUCAUGUGUGAAGACAUGCCAGGAUGCUGGCCUCAUCUGUGAGCCUGCCUUCUUCCCUUUCAUUAACAAUAUGGAGGCUUUCAAUGGGAUUGAUGUUCAAUGUGAGGCUUUGGAAAUGGAGAUGAACCACUUAUUUCCGGCUGUGGCUGUCAAGGGAAAAGAGUGUUUCCUGCAGAAGGAAGUGCUCCUGUUCAGCUGCGCUGGGAUCAGUACCAAACAUCGACGCCUUUGUCCAUGUAGAGACUUUCUCCAAGGCCAGGUGGCACUGUGCAAGAAUUGUCUCUGAGAUCUAUGAUACACUGAGACCAGAUCCUGGAACAGAUGAGGUGAUAGCCUUCCCAUAAACAUUAAGGCCCAAUGAACUAAUCCACUAAUCCUCAUAUGCCUGAGCAGAAUGGAUCCCUCAAGAAACGAGAGAUAUAUAUAUGAUGCAUAUCAGAGCUGAGACUGGAUGAAACAAGCAUAAUAAGAUGUCUACAAUUUCCAGACUGCUUGAGCCAGCGUCAGGUUCUGGAUAGCUUUAGAGAGUAUAAUAUUUCUUUUUUUAUAUAUAGAUGGCAAAAUCAGCUAUUUUUCCACAAUUAUUCUUUGAAUAUUGUUAUAUCCAAAUGAAAAAAGCGUUGAAACAACUGAUAAUGCUGAUUUUUAUAAACAAAUGUGGUAAAUGGUGUAGGUGUAUUGUUCACUGUUCUGUGGUAUCCUAACAACUUUUAAGUUUUUUUUAACAUCAAAAUGUUAUCAGAAAUAUUACCAGAAGCCCAAACUCAUUUGCAAAACUGGCAUAAUUGUCAUCUAAAAAGGCAAUGCUUUCUCAAUAUAAUCAGAGCUAGACAACACAACAGCAAAAUUCACAUGGAGAUAAGCGUUUUUAUGUAGAAUGUCUCCUGAAGUCAACUGCGGCAAAACACAGUAGGCCUCAUUUAUCGAUAUAUUUAUAUAAAUUGUAUGAAAAUGUUUGGGUAAGCCAAACCAAACAAAAAAAUUACACUGGAUUUACAAAUAUUUUGGAAGUGCUGAUUUUAUUUUGUUCUCAUUUGUGUAUGUUGAUGAAUAACAAUCACCCAUACUUACCAGGCACAUAGAUGGCAUAUGACGCCCACAAAAAUCCAUAAAAGGCAAAGCUCUUACAGCUGAAAUGAGUAAAUGACAAAAAAUACUUUUUCAAAGGUAGAAAGGAAAGUUAUUUACUCAUGUCUAUGCCAAUACAAUACAUGUUAUUUAACACUGAAACAGCACCUGAAAAGAUGAAAACAAAUUACAGAAAAGGUGAAUUAGGUGUGAAUUAAGAGGUGAAAAAAAAUGUUGACAAGAAAACAAAGGAGAAAAAAUAUCUAAACUGUAUCCGGAUGAUCAGGCACACCAAGCACAUCAUGCAGGGAAGCUAUUUUUAAAUUGUUAUAAGUGUCUCGGCUAACAUGCUGCAGAGCAUGAAAAGAAGAUGCUGUGGCAAAUUGAACUGAUUUAUAAGGCAGCUUUUGUACCUGUCAUACUGGUCUAUAAACCUCCUUUCCCUCACAAGCUCAGUGUGUGCUAACUCGACCGUCAGCUGAGGAAUUUGUUUUACGGCUUAUGGCUUAUGUGCAAACAGACCAGCCCAUCCUCCAUUUACUGUAUAUGGCAACAUUUCUUUUGUCAUACUUGAAUGAUUUUUAUUUGUAUUAAUUUAUGCUUGCUUUCUUUAUUUUUAUUGUUUAAUUAAUGCCUAUAAUAUAAAAUGAUUGUUUUUCACCAAAUUUUCUCAUAGGUACAGCAUUUUUAGUCCCUGAACUAGUGAACUAGCAUGAGGAUGUGUUUUUAAUAAAUACUACAAAGAACUUGUUCUCUAAGUCACUCUAGAUAAGGGUUGUCUGCUAAAUAUUGUAAAUGUAAAUAAAUAAGCUAUUUAAACUUGACAGUAUAAAAUACAACUACAGCAAACCAUGUAAAUUGUAUGAUUUGAAGCUGAUCAAUUGAGGUCUACAUUAGUUAGUCUUACGCUUAUGUUUACACACAUUCAGAAGCACAGGUAGGAUAUGCACAUUUUUACAUAUUAUGGGAUUUUCAU